AUGGGUGGCCAACUUUCCAAGGUUAUGAGCAAGAUCUUCGGAUCAAAGGAGAUGCGACUGCUGAUGCUGGGUCUCGACGCUGCUGGAAAAACAACAAUCCUGUACAAGCUCAAGCUCGGCCAGGACGUCACCACCAUUCCCACCGUCGGCUUCAACGUCGAGACGGUCACCUACAAGAACGUCAAGUUCAACGUUUGGGAUGUUGGUGGCCAGGACAAGAUUCGUCCUCUGUGGAGACAUUACUUCAGUGGCACCCAAGGUCUCAUCUUCGUCAUCGACUCCUCCGACCGCACCCGUAUGGACGAGGCCCGACAAGAACUGCACCGCAUCAUCAACGACCGAGAGAUGAAGGACAGCCUGCUUCUGGUGUUUGCCAACAAGCAGGAUCUCAAAGAGGCCAUGUCGCCCCAAGAAGUCACCGACGCUCUCCAACUCUCCAAGCUCAAGGACAAGGUCUGGUAUGUCGUGCCCAGCUGCGCCACCAGUGGUGAAGGUUUGCUGGAAGGCCUGGCCUGGCUCUCCAACAACGUCAAGGCCCCUGCUGCCCCCGUCAAGAAAUAA